CGUAGUCAGCUGCUGCUUAGCUUGCCGUUUCGCGUCGCGCUUCUUGUCCGCUUUCAAUGUUUUCCGUUUUAUUUAGUUAUUUCUGUGAUGCAAACCUAUUUCUUAACUAAAAUUAACAUUGUUAGUUUAUUGUGAAUAAAACUGUGCAAAGUUACUGUGAUAUCGGUCCCCGGACAAGGAAUUGAACGAGAUUUCAUCCCGGAGUCAUAUAUCAUUGUAAAGGAGCUCUCUUUUGAAGUUGAGCCCCGCACCGCACCGGCUUGCUCGCUGACCGCCGAGCCGCUAAUCUAGCUUUUUUCGCGCCCCACCGUCGCCAGCCCAGACCCACACCGGCCGCCGCAAUGCUCGCGCACCAAGCACAGCUCGCCCUCUACUAAACUCAUCAGUCAAUAUCUAUAAAAACGCGUGUGAUAACAAUAAUUUAAUACUCGCCUCUAUAAGCUUGCAACGUCGGUGUCUUUAAUUCUAACUUAAUUGUAAGGAUUAAUCAAUUAGUUAGUAACUAUCAUCGUAUCCGCGCGUCUCCCGCUGCGGAAGUAUAUUUCUCGCGUGUGCAGUAGUGUGUGAUAGUGAGGGUGCGCGAGAGCCUCCAGUGGCCAAGAGUAGUUUGCGACAAACCAGUGUGAGAAGUGCAUGCAAAGAGCGCGCCGUCGCGCUCGCCCGCUGUCACUGCCUAUGCGCCGCACUCGCACUGCGUAAAAGUGCGCGCGAAAACCGCCUCCUUUGAAGACAUAGCCAACAAUGGCCACCAUGGUGAACAUGAACAGCUUGCUGAACGGCAAGGACUCCCGCUGGUUACAACUCGAAGUAUGCAGGGAGUUCCAGCGGAAUAAGUGCUCGCGACCAGAUACUGAAUGCAAAUUUGCGCAUCCCCCGGCUACCGUCGAGGUGCAGAAUGGAAGAGUCACCGCCUGCUACGACAGUAUCAAGGGACGGUGUAACCGCGAGAAGCCACCCUGCAAAUACUUCCAUCCGCCACAACACCUGAAGGAUCAGCUGUUGAUCAACGGCAGGAAUCAUCUAGCCCUGAAGAACGCACUAAUGCAGCAAAUGGGUCUGACACCCGGGCAAGUGUUGCCCGGUCAGGUGCCCGCCGUGGUGGGCGGCAUGAGCGGCGCGGGCGCGGCCGCUGGUCAUCUCACCACGCUGGAUCCGAUCAGUCUCGCCCUGCUCGCCCCGCAGUGUGGAUGUGUGCAGGCGACGUCACCUUAUUUGUCGGGGGUGCCGGGCGUGGGAUCGACGUACGCACAGUACUAUGCACCUCAGCUGGUGCCCGCAAUGUUGGGUCACGAUCCGGCAGCCGCCGCCGCCUCGCCACUCGGUGUCAUGCAGCAACCCGUGCUGCAACAGAAAUUGCCUCGUACCGAUCGUCUCGAGACGGCAGCAGCAGUGCAGUCGCCGGCAACGAGCGCAACUUCAGAGCCGGGCAAGAAACGGGCGGCGCCAACCGAGUUCGAGCCGCCACCGAUGGACAUGAAGAGCGUCGGUUCCUUCUAUUAUGAUAACUUUGCCUUCCCCGGCGUGGUGCCGUACAAGCGACCGGCUGCCGACAAAGCUGGUGUACCAGUGUAUCAGCCGGCGACAACCUACCAGCAACUGAUGCAGCUCCAGCAGCCGUUCGUGCCCGUGUCAUGUGAGUACCCCGCGCCCGCCACGUCCGCCCCGCCGGUCGCGGCCGCCGCGCCUCCCUCGGCGCCUGCGUCCGCGCCUGCACUCCCGCCCGCGCACACUCCCGCUCCGCAGCCCGCUCCCGCGCCCGCGCCCGCUCAGCCGCCGCCGCAGCCGCCCUCUCCCUCGGCGGCGCAAGCUACUGCUGGUUCUGUACACCCGGACGGAACGGACCCGGCCGCCGUUGCCAAAGAGGUCGCUCAGAAGAACUACAUGGCGGCACUCGCUUUUGCCGCUCAACAUUCGGCCAUGGCUCAGGCGGCGGCCGCGUACACGCAACAGGCGCUGAAGGCACGCGCUUCAAUGCCGGCGUUGAUGCGCGCCCCGCUGAUGGUCCGUCCGGGAUGGCCCGGGCCGCCCAUGCAGAUGCCUGCGUUCUAUCAGCAGCCGUACAUGUACGCGAUGCCGCCCCCGGCCCCGCCUUCAGCAGCGGCCGCUGCAGCGGCGGCGGCGGCUGCCGUUAAUCCUUACAAAAAGAUGAAGACCACGUAGAGAGGUGCGCGGCCGGCGGGGCGCGAGCGCGGGGUCUCCGCGUAGAGACUCACACGUGUGCCACCGAGUUAGCGCUAGGGGUGUUGUCACAUUUGUAUUGUAUUAUUGUGAGGACGAAGCGAGCGGCCCGUGCCCUCGCGGAUGUCUCUGUAGUUUUAUGCUGUAUCUAUAUUAUUGUGUAUUCGCUCACUUACGACUUAGGUCGAUAUUCUGUGCGUGUAUAUUUCUCGUAUCUACUCUCGUAUCCCGGUAAUAAUAACGCUUGAGAUGCAUGACUGUACGUUUUUUUAUUACCUCUUGUCGAUCGUCGUUUACCGUGAGUAGGGUCGUGCUGAGAGUUGAGCGCUUGGUCCGUGGAUCCCGCUACGUACACGCUUGCUCCCGGAGGAGCUCCGCACGGGUGCGCUUUGGCCGAUGUGUCGAUCCCGUACCUACCUAGUGGUUACCGGCUUGCGGCGGCAAGCCCGCACCUAACACAGCCGCCUUCUAAUUUUCGCAUGGAAUAGAAUCCACCACCCCUGUACGUUUGGCUCUUCAGGUAUUACUCUCAUUAUUCUAGUGCUCCUCGUGUGUGCUGCGUGUGCCAGAGUGUUUCAUCAGUAGUGCAUAGAGAGAGCGGCGAGCGCCGUUCUCUCUCUUUUCUUUCAGUGGCACUUGUUUAUUUCACUUUAAACGCUUUCUGUUACAUGCCUUCCGAAUGAUCGCUUCGGCUGUCGUCCGCAUAACAAAUGUAUUGUUGCUUUAUGUGUCGGAUCGGACAGGCUGUACGCCUCCCAACGCGCCAUAUGUGGUGUAUACGGACGAGCGCGGACAGGUAACGUGUGCCGCGUGUCUCCCCGCCCCUCCCCCGCUUGCGUCUCACCUUCCUCUACACCUUGACAACGCCAUCGCUUGUUCACAGUUCUAAGAUUUAUUUAAAUAAAUGAACUAUCGCGCGACUGACGCUGACUCCGAUGUGACGUCUGAGAAACUGAAUGAACUGUGAACUAGGACGGUGAUAUGCGCGAACUAGACAAGAGUCGCCGGUCGACGUACAACGAAUCGUUCGCAUGUAGCAUCACAUCCUGACCGCCUGAGCUGCGACAGUGCUCCCUCGUCUUGCUCUAACCAUUACGCUAUGCAACAUACCACCUCUUGCCGCGCUACUAUAUAACCAACGCUUGUUCUUAUUUCUAAGCUCAGAUCAUUCUUUACGUUACUGACUUGUCAUGUAACUCAUUCGUAAAUACAGUAGAUAGAUACGGUUGGCCUAAUGUGACAUAAUAUUUAAAUAAACAUUUAUCAUCAUUAUGUUGUUGUUUUUGAAACGCUUAGAGAACCUCACGAGCGAUAUAUAAGAUAAAUUCGAGCGUGCUUAUUAUACUGCUUCUAUAGACGUAAGUUUAAUUUCACAACGCUUUUGUGCUUAGUAAGUAGACCGAGCGCUUGUCAUUAACGAGCUGUGUCCGGACGGAAUGAUCACGACUAGAGGCUAUUCCAUCUGCCGCCACCUUCACUGCCUCGGGUCAAGGUACGCUUCGGUAAUUGACUUUGUUAUUUAACCUGAAGACACGCAUCGUAAGGAAAGGAGAAACUAAUAAUCUAAUUGAAUUUGACACGUAUUUAAAGCACAUUCUUCCUUUACCCGCAACGAGUGGCAAAUACGUUCGCAUUCUGAAAUCGAGAUGAAAGUGAAAACCGUGUGAAUCGAUGUGGGCGGAUGUGUAUACUUUGCAGUGGCCAAUCCGCGGCCUAACUCGAUUGGUCGGAGCGCGUCACCUCAGAGACGUUUCACCUGCCACCAUGACACCAUCAUUCAUAUCAUUUUAGUCAUUGGGCUAUAACUGUAUCGAAAUAUUGUGAUUACAAUGGAACAGUUGAUGCUACAACUUGGUGAUUUUUAGUUGUUUUGUUCUUUUUUUUUCCUUUUUCGUAUAGUGAAACAUAAUUGCUUUCAAAUGUGGAAGAAGUCACUCUACAGUAUUGCCUUGCUUACACCUGGUAAGAUUCAAUCAGCUUACUAUAAUAUCCUGAUUUUAAGUGAUUUCCUGUUUGUCCGCCUAUAUUGAAACGCGCCGCUUAUGUUUGCAUGAAAUCAACAAAAAAAUUACAUAUUAAUACGACCGAUCUAAACGCUGUUUUGGUAAUGAGCUUUUAACAAUCUAAUUCUAAUCGAGCGGCUGUUUCAGUAAAGGUAUAUUAAUUAAUAAUUAAAAAAAUAUAUAGAUAUAUAUAUAUUUAUGUGUAUAUAUAUAUAUCUAUUACGAAGCCUUUACCAUCUGUUAAUAAGUUGACUUGAAAAGAAAAUACGUAUGAAUUUUUCAUUUUAAAGAACCUUCAAGAAUUAUUUUGUUUAGUGUUCGCUUGUGACGUCAACUUGUUAACGGUUUUGAGAUUCACCUUCUGCCAAUGUCAACUAUCAACUGCUAAUAAGGGGGUUGUUGUUUCCACUCAUUGUAACGCUUUUUAUAAUAAUUUUAAAGGAGAAUUAUUAUUUUAUGCGUAGUUGGUAGUUGAAAUGACCGUGGUGGAGUCCAGAGAACUCGAAGUGAUAUCGUUACCGUCUAAUAAAAAUGAAAUGUUCCUAAAAUUACCAAAAAUAUAAACCUGUUAAUGAUAUUGUUAGGUGUGUGCUUAGUGGGAGAGUUGAAUUAACCAAUAUACACUUCGAAUUGUCUUUUGCUUAAAGUGCUUCGCCGGAGCGGCCCCGUUCUUCGCUUACGACUUGUUGAAGCCUACUUCUGACGCUUACUUAUAAUACCCACGUAGACGUAUAUACUUGAUCGGUUCCGUUUUGUUUUUUCCGUACGGUAACAGCACUCUAAUUGUCAUUAUGUUGCAGUUUGUACUACCACUAACAUGUCACGUCCAGAACUGUCAUGUAAGCUAAAGGUAUAAAUGUAAUAUGUGUAUUUUACAUUGCGCGUUCCCGUCGAUGAGCAUGACCGUCCCUGUCCUACACUGAGAGCAUCGGGAGAUGUAACAGCGGCGCAGAAGCGUCCCCCACACAGCCUUUAAAGCUUUCUUUAUAGCAACAGUUGGUAUUUAUGGGUACACUUUGGACGCUGCAAACCUAUAGAACGCCCUCCGCCCUGGUAAAAGUUGUCUAGCAUCAUGCUUUGAGCUUUUUUUUUAUGUAAAAUAUAGUCACGCUUCGAUAAGAUUGGCUGCGCAAUAAUGAUUACUUCAAGCGUUCUGCAUGCCAUUUAGAUAUUAUAUUCAUACCUACUAUGUGCAUAGUGCAGCGUUAUUUAACACAACUCUCUGACGGUUACGGAAACACGUUCACGAGAACAACUGCCGAUCUCUCCCAAAACGAAAAGCGACACGUGUAUGUUUCGAUCGUUCGAUCAUCGGAUGUUUCCAAAUGAGAAUUGUACAAUAUAAAGGUGACACACAUUACGGUGCGCACGUUCCAUAAAGAAUGCUUGGAAGUUCCAAUCAUAUUGUGCAACGAAUCGUGUAAAGUUAUUGUAAUAUGAAAGCAGCAACGAGAUAUAUAUAUAUAAAUAAAUACGUUUUUUUUUUCAUUGCAAUGUUCCGCAUUCCGUGUGUCCCGUUUGUGUUGACUGUCCGUAGCGAGAAGCCACACGCGCAUCCAUCGCCGUCGCGUCUCCGAUACUAAAACGAUCGCUUUUAAUAAUAAUACAGGGCUGUCACUUGAAUAAUAUAAUAUAAAUACAUUAGUCUCAAAUUAUGCUCUUUGAUAUUACAAAAACUAUGAGAGCGUCGUUUUUCAGAUGGCUGUGCAAUGAGGAUAAUAUUUAAUGUCCGAUGUAUGAAUGUCUAUAAAGUGAUGAAAUAGAACUAGUAUUAACACUAUUAACAUACAGUUCACGAACCGUCGUCCCUGUUCUUCAUUGAAAAGGUCUCGUACAUUAUGCAGAAAUUGAAUAUAAAAAAAUAUUUUUGUACGACUGUUUGUGAAGUAGUAUUUAGUUAGUACGCGAUGUUAUACAUCGUGUUCCACAAUGAUAAUGGAAUUUGGUUUUUGUAAAAUUUAUUUUAAAAUUAUGAUAAUGCGUACUAAGCCUAUUGUUUUCAGAAUAAGGCGAUGAACAUAUAAAAAAUAUAUAAUGAAUACUCAGUCGCAUUACUGUAUUUUGUGUUACCCCAUACAUUUGGUUGUUAAUAACAGAUUUCAUUGUGGAAACACGUGUAGUCGCGGUUUAAUGGUUAAGUACCGAAUGAUGACAAUAAAUACUAAUAAAUGCUCCGUAUGUUUUCAGUUACUGGACACCCUCCCGGUGUGCCAAGAUUUUAAUCGGCAAGGAUGUUCAAGACCUACCUGCAGAUUCGUUCAUAUUCGCGAAGGUGAGCUAUCAACAACAUUCUUCGUACAACGCGAUUUAUGUCGAAACGAUUGGCUGUUUAUGAACAAAUCGAAAGCAUGAAACGAUUAAAACGAAAUUUAAAAAAAAUAUAUAAUAUAUUAUAUAAUACGACCGUUUGCGGUCAAUAAAUUAUAAAAUUAUUUAACCGUACUAUCCUUAUCCAAUACCUGUAUGCAUGAUUUGAUGUUGUAACAUAGAUUUAGAUUUCACUAAUACGAAUAUAUACUUAGAUGUUUUUAGUGUUGUUUCUCAAUAUAUUGUUGUGAUUGUAGAUCAAUCGAAUUAGUUUCGAUUUGAUGUCUCUUCUAUUCUGUAUUUUUCUCUUUCCUGUAUUUUCAUAAUUGUAGUUGUCAAAUGUAGUCUGCAACCUUACGGUACGUGUAUUUUCGUGUAGGCAACACACAGUAAUGUUCUAUUAUAGUUUGAACAUUGAUUUAUCUAUUCAUUAAUAGUAUUGAUCGAACUCGAUGCGUAUAAGAAUUGUGUAUGACUCGUUUAUCUCGAUUUUCGUGUCCUAUUAAUUUAUUUAUUUAUUUUUCAUUCAUCUAAAUCCAUAGUUGAGGUACAUGAGAUGCGACAAAAUUGGGUAAUAGAUUAGCGAUGUGUGUUGUGCUGUGUAAAGCUGGGCUCAUGUUACUGAACGGGCACUUUAAUUGGUAUCUGUUGUUGUGUUGCGCUGUGUGACGCGUAUUUCGAAUAAGUUAAAUGUGUGUCUCAGCUGUGUGAAUUUUUUUAUAUAUCCCGCAGAACUGUUGGGAUAUUAUAGCAGAUUAUAGAAUCUUACUCGUUUCCUUUCCAACGAAUGAAUGAUUAUCGAUCGGUGCGUGCAUUUAGUGUUAUAUCAGUAUAAUAUUUAAUAUCGCCGUACCACUGUGACUCAACUAGUUAAAUGUCGCGGCUGCUACGUAUAUAAACUAGUACCACAGACAUCUUAGUGCAAGUACAACGCAACACAACAAUAAGAUGGAGAGGAGUCGCGACGCAGCCCGCCACAGUGAUGUGAACCUAGCUUUAGUCGGAGAGUAAGUGUGUUGUGUGCACGUUGCAGGGUGCGGGCUGCAGGUGGUGGGGUGCCGCGUGGUGGUGUGUCGCGAUGCCGCCGCCGGCACGUGCCGCCGCGCCGCCUGCCGCUACUACCACAUCCCCGUUCAAUUGCCACCGGCUCUGCGUCCCCCUUAACCCUCCACCCACGACCCUGCACCCUCAUCCUUCGCCUUCCACCUCUUUAACCCCCCAACCCCCCUCACCUCAAUCCUCGUCCUUUGACAUCGUCGCCCGCGCCCUGCGUAAUCCAUAUCGAUCGCGCCUCUGGCACACUCAGGAAGGGCAGGUUCGGCCGGAUGUUGCUGUCGCUUCCGCGGCAGAGGUGGUGAUAUUUUAGUGAAAAUCGGUUAGUGUAGAAAGGGGCAGCCGAGUCGCGGACGCUGCGGCGACCGCGGCUCGCUCCCGCGCAGGAUGAGCGUAAGUCUUCGGGAAAGAGUGUGUACAUAAGUAGCGGGAUAUGAUUCUCAGGCACGGUCAUGCGAUUGUGAUAUGAAUAGAUUUCGGGAAGCCGGAGCCGUAUGGAAUUAAUUUGUCGAAAUCGUCGAGCAGUAGUUAGUGAGGUUUCAAAUAUUUUAUGACUAAUGUAUAAUUUUUUUUAAGAAACGAUAUGAGUUCCUGUAAUAGCCGGGACCUGGUCGCCCGGGUACUUUGUUGUGUAUAAGUGACGCGUGUGGCCGGUGAUGACAGGAGACGACCAGACGGACGGCUCUCGACUCCUCGGUCAGUGUCUGAUGCCUAAAUCACCCCAGUCCCUGUAAGAGCAUUUUUUUUGUGAGAUUUACUUUACAUUUUUUUUACGUAUGUUAUAUAAUUACGUUUUUCUAGAGGACAAGUUUACACUAGUUUAGAAUUUAAGUGAAUCAGUAACGGAACACCAAUAGAGUAGCCGCUUCUCUCCUCCGGCGCGGAGAGGUUCGACGCCGGAGCACAAGUCACAAGCGACGAGGUCGGCACGCGCGCAAUUCUGUACAGUACCGAACGCCGUCGGCCUGUAUUCCAUAACUAUUGUAUAUCCCACGAUCUCGUGCCGUUACUGUACAGUGCGUCACGGCGUCGUCCGGUCGUGACGGCUGUGACGCACGCCGCGCCCGCCGCCUCGCGUUCCGUUCGCACUUAGCGUCACACUCGUAGAGUGAUAUAUAGUAAACAUGAAUUCGUAAUACAAUGAAAGAAGUUAUCGGACAAUAUUGAAAAACGAAUAAGGCAAACUUCCAAGCUAUUUUAGUAUGUAGAAAGUCGGCUUUUAUUCCGGAUAGAUUUUGCUAGAGAAUCGUUUUGUUUCUAAAAUAAAUAAAAAUAAAAAUCAAUAAUCUGCAUCUAUAAUAUCGAUAUGCACAAAUCGUUACCGACGAUAAUCGGGUCCGGUGUCGACUCGUUGCGUAUAAUAAAUAGCUGUGUUAUUAUUUUCGACAUAAACAGUAUUAAGGUUUUGAUGAAAUUUAUCUGGUGGUACGUACGUUAGAGGUGGUAUGCGGAUAGAGAGAGGCGGAGUGCGCGCACUGGCUCGGCUUCGGUCCUUAACAGCCCGUCGCCGAGUGCAAGUGAUGGGAAAUCGUCGGUCGCGUCCGAUUCGUACCGCGCACGCACUCCGAGGGCAUGGAAGCCUAAUGCCUAAUAUUAUUCCUAGUCCAUAUCCUUUUGUUGAUCAGUCAUGCGAUUAAUGUUAGAAAUAAAAUAUUAAUAAUUUGAUUUAUUCCUCCCAUUUAGUGGAUAUUUUGAUAAUGAUAUAUUAAUAAUGAAAUAUUUAAGAUACAUAAUACAUAUUUGAUUCUAAAUCCUGAUAAAGUGACACUACGUUAGUAAUUUAGUCGGAGGGAUACUUGUGCCGUGAUUAUAUUUUUAGGUAUAUAUUAUGAAAUAAUUCCUAGCGUCGGAAUUAAAGAAGUGACUAAUGUGUAAGCGUGUUAUGUAUAUUUAUUGUCGUAAACGUAAGUGGAAUGCCAUAUCGAUAAAAGGUGAAUAUCGGAUGCGGAGUCAAACUCGUGAGUAGCGUUUGUUUAUGUUGGUUGGUUGGUUGUUGUUGUAUCAGUCCCGUGCUAGUGGCUAAGGUGAACAGUUCGCUUUUAUCAAUACGGCACUAUGGCUCUAUGUAUAAGUUGGCAUAAAUAUAUUUUUUUUUAAUAUUUUUUUUUUGUUGAAAUUUAUCGUUUCUUUGAAUAUUAUUUGUUGCCUAUAAUUUUACAAUCAAAAUUUUAUGAUCUGACGCAUUUAUUGUAAGACAAUCGAUUACUUUUAUAAUUAAUUAAUUAGUGUGAUAAUAAUAAUUAUGGUAUGAAAUUGCCGUUAUGAAAAGAUGAACAUCGAAAGUAUCCUUCCUUGUUUAGAAGGGACUGUCUGGCCCAAGGUUUCUAGUGGAUUUUAUAUUUUUCUUUUGUUGUAUUUUUAAUGUUGCGUGUGUCUUACACAUAAUAUAUUUCAUUUUUGUGAUAUUUUUAACUAUAAAGUACUGUUAUUAUAAAUCCAAAUGGAAUAAUGAUGACCUAAUUUAAUAUUCAAGAAUUUAUUUGUAAAUCACAAAAAAAAAUAUGUAAAACUGUAAAUAUAUUGACAAAAAAAAUAAUAAUGAACUGCAACACAAUAAUAAUUUACUAUUAUAAUAUAAUAUCUCUCAUCAAAUACAUUGUAAGUUGUUUGAGUACUUUAAUGACGGUAUUGUAACGUGUAGUGUAUGUACCUACUGUCUACUUAAAUGUAAACCGGUCCAGUGAACAAAUUAUGAAUAAUAAUAUUGUGAAGGUUUUUUUAUUCACGAACAACCACAGAUUGAGAAAAAAAAAAAAACAUGACAUUGUAAUUAUUAUUUAUGAAAUUACUAUGUGAUGUGAUCUUCGGAUCAAUUUUGAGUACAGUAUAGAUAAUAAACAACUGACUAUGUAA